AUGGAUAAAUUUUUGGGUUUUUCUUAUUGUGAGAGUUCUAGUGGAUAUCUUAUCUUCAUGGGUCCUGAUACUCUUCUACUGAUGAACCCUUUUAAGAGAAGACAGAAAGAAGUAAGCACCUUAGACCUUGAUAUUAAAUCAGACUACAAGGCUUAUCGUGCCUUACUUGCUUUCGUGAAAGGUUCCGAUGAGUUUGUUAUAGUGUUUUAUUCUAAAAGUUCUGUGAAUGUCUACCAGUCUCAAAAUUAUCUUUGGGCUACUUAUUUGGAGUCCAAUAUUUCAUCAGACUUUGACUUUGUGGACAUUGCGGUUUUUCAUAAUGCUAUAUAUGUUCUCACAAGUGAUGCCAAGAUUGGAGUACUUAAUCUGGGUUGGUGUUCUGUGAGCAUAAACUUUCUGCAACUUAGGAAUACUCCAAGAGUAAAUUGUGUCAGCCUUAGGUUGGUUAGAGAUGAUGACAAGCUUCGAGUGGUUAAUUUUACGCCUAAGAGAAUACUAGAUGUGUACGAAAUAGACUUCUCAAAAAUGGAGUAUGUCAAGCUGAAUACAUUGGGGGAUCUUGCACUGUUUUAUUCACCGCGGACAUCAUGUCAUGCGUUGAGCAACCCAAGUAUGUGGGGAUAUUACAGCAACCAUGUGUAUUCGAUUUGUACCUCAAGACCAAAAUGUGAAGUUUAUUCAUGGAGUAAUAAUCUAGUUGAUUUCUAUGAACAUGAUCAUAUUCAUGGUCUUCAAGUUCCUUACAGAUCCAGACUCUAUUGGAGGGAUUGGUGUUUCCGAAAUCUACAUGAGGAGGUUGAACAUUCUCUUAUUUAUAUACCUGAAUGGUGGACAUUGUGUUUACCCUAA